AUGGGACACCUCACACGCAUACCCUCCCCAUCACACACUCAAUCCGCCCUUCAACAACCCUCUCCAAUCGCCAUCAUGCUACUCACUGAAUUCGUAGCCCAUCUCACCAGGACGACGCCACAACUCGGCACCACACUCACGGUAGCCGACUUCGUGCGAUUCAUGUUGCUUGCAUCCGAAGUCCAACACUCCGCUGGACAAGGUCUUCGAAUGCAAUCGUACCGCCUCCCAGUCGCCCACUUUUUCCUUGCUGCACUCAAACCAGAUUUCCCUCACGACCUCAUUCACAACAUCUGGAGGUUGGCCUUUGACCUCUUGCCCUCCUCUCGCAUCGAUGCGAGCGCAAGCGUCCGUGACCUCGGUGUCCAACCAAACAUCCCCUCUGUAGCCGAACGAUACCUACGCGCGCCGGUAUCGAAGUGUCUUGUGUGCCCAAGCUCACCAAACCUUCAUGUGCACUCCCGCCUCAAUGCUUACGUUUUUGACUCAGAUGGCGUCCACACCGCCGAGACGACGAUCUUGAGAUGUCCAGAAAAACAAUGUGGGACGACCUAUCGACCUAGCUACUACACCAAGAACAGUUUACGCUGCUACUACACAAUGGAUAUGGGGCGUCUUCCGGACAUCCUUCACGUGCACUGUCAUUACUACAUGACCCGACGAUUGCACCACAUGAUACGUGGCAUACAAUUUCUAGCGCAUGUCUCACACUUUAACAUAGUCAACUGGUAUAAUAGGACAUUUGUCAACGAAUCUCAUAUCCCUCUCUUUUCAACCAAUCAGGCGUUUUCACCGGCGAUGUCUGAGGCUACGUGCAGCGAUGGCCUCGACCUCCUGUCCCUUCUGGAUCACGCCGACCGAAGGGGUACCCAGCUCUCAGUCAGCGCCACCGGAACCGAUCAUUUACGAUUUGAGGGUGCCAUGGGCACACAUCUCGAUCUCUUGUCCGCCGAGGGGACUCGAGACCGAGACCACUAUUGUUCGCGUUGUGUCCGGAUCAGACCUGGUGGAACGGACCCCGAGACUGGUGAGGAGAUACUCUUUGCGCUCUAUCAGGCAUACGGGCCGUCGUUACCGAUGGUCUUACUAUCGGUCAUUGGCGCUGUAGUGCCACCACUGAUCAGCUCACAGAGGUAG